AUGGCUUCUUCUCUCUUCUUACUAGUUCUAACUGUUUGCAUUUUCUCAGUGUCUGCUGAUGUUUUUGUUAGCAUAGAUUGUGGUUCAACAGACGCAUAUACCGACGAGAAUUUGAUACCAUGGACUGGAGAUGAUUUAUACAUCAACAAUAGUGAAAACCAGGUGGUACAAGCUGCUAACUCAAUAUCUCGAGUCAUGGACACCCUAAGAGUUUUCAAUAGUCGAAAGAAAAAUUGUUACUUGAUUGAAAGUGUUAGGAGUGAGCGUGUUCUUGUACGCGCUAGCUUUUAUUAUGGAAAUUAUGACAAGAAAUCUUCUCCACCUACGUUCGAUCUUCAAUUUGAUGGGAACUAUUGGCUGACAGUUGAGACUUCGUCUACUGAUUAUGUUUCUUAUGAGGCCAUAUACGUUGCGAAGAAGAAUUAUAUAAGCGUAUGUGUAGCGCAAACUAAGCCUAAUCAGAUUGCUUAUGGUGCAAAUGCAACUGUCAGGUAUAUAGACGAUCUUUAUGACAGAAUAUGGACUCCUGCAACAGCCGGCAAAGGAUUAACUGAAGUAAAAAGUGAUGCAUUCUUUAGCGCACCAGGAAUAGCAGAUAACCCUCCACCUGCCGUGCUGCUAAAUGCAGUUACUGCAACCGAUCCCUCUUCAGGUAUCCUAUUGAAUAUGGGAUUUCCUCGAGUUGAAGUUCCUGUCUACUUAAACUGGUAUUUUUCCGAGGUUACUCAGUUGGAAGCAAAUGAAACGCGUUCUUUUAUGCUUUACAAGGACGGCCAACCUUUAUCCCAGGCGAUUUUACCUCCUUAUGGAAAUUUUACGGAGUGGUAUGCUAGAAACUAUACAGUUUCUUCAAAUACUACCUUUUCUCUCGUGCCUACUGAGAACUCGACCCUUCCCCCACUCAUCAACGCCAUGGAAGUCUUUCUAAUUGGAGACGCUCUAACAGAUGGAACCAACAGCAAAGAUGUCAAGGGGUUAGUUUCACUACAAAAUGCUUUCGAAGACUUACAAGACUGGAGUGGAGAUCCAUGUCUUCCAGCGCCUUAUACAUGGGACUGGAUCAAUUGCAGCAAUGAUGCUACACCACGAGUGACAGCACUGUAUCUUGGUAGCUUCAAUCUCUCAGGGCCAAUUCCAGAUUUCGGUUCAAUGGAUGCCAUUGAAAUAAUAGAUCUUCACAAUAAUAGUUUGUAUGGAACUAUUCCAGAUUUUCUUGGCACAUUCCCAUACCUUAAAGAACUGAAUCUUGCAGAUAACCAGUUUACUGGUUUUAUACCAGCUUCACUGUCAAGGAAAAAUGACCUGAAAUUAGGGGUAACAGGCAAUCCUGAUCUAUGCACAUCAGGCAAAUCGUGCCAGUUGACUGAUGAUCCAACAGUGUAUUCUUCCGGCAGUAAGAAGAAGAAGAAGAAGAAGUUACCAGUAAUUCUUGGUACAACAAUCCCAAUAUUUGUAGUAAUCUGGGCUAUUGUGGGUAUUUAUAUCAUAUUACAGAAUAGGAGGAAAACUGCUGCCAUAGCCGUACUCAAUGCAGGACAAAAUGGAGGAGCUCAAAUGAAUGAGAUGAAGGUGAACAUGGAGGAGCAAGCACGAAAUGUGGAUCAAACAUAUAGACAGAAGCAUUCAAAUGAACAUCAAGACAGGGACCUGUAUUAA